AUGAAGGAGAACUUCACGAUGCUGAUCGGCUCCCAGCUGCCACUGCCCACGGAGGAACAGCGGGUUCGUGAGGCGGAGCAGCUGGAGCAAUUCUACUUUGGAGACGAAGGCUUCUCCACGGACGACAUGCAAGCUGUUAUUGAUGUACGAGGAGACGACGUGAUCGUGACUGUAGAGAACGGGGACCUGAGGGGCGUGGUGGCCACGUCACUGAACGGCGCUCUCUACAACCAGUUCCUGGGCAUACCGUUCGCCACGCCGCCUGUGGGAGAUCUCCGAUUCCGUGACCCGCAGCCGGCUCCCUCGUGGUCCGGGGUUCGAGACGCGCUUACCCUCGCGCGAGGCUGCCCCCAGACCGACUACGACGGCUCCGAAGACUGCCUCUACCUCAACGUGUAUGUGCCGGCUACGGGGAGUGGUCCUUUCCCCGUCAUGGUCUACAUUCACGGUGGCGGCUUCUCAAAGGGUUUUUCCUUCAAUGGUACUCCACACUAUUUCGUGGAGAAGGGCGCUGUGUUGUUCACAACCGCCUAUCGUCUCGGCGCCCUUGGUUUCAUGAGCCGGCAGAACGAUGACAUCCCAGGCAAUGCGGGCCUCAAGGACCAGGUGCUGGCGCUGCAGUGGGUGCAGAACAACAUCGCCGCCUUCGGUGGGGAUCCUAGCAAGGUCGCCAUUUUUGGUGAGAGUGCUGGCGGCGCCUCCACAUCACAUCUCUUCCUUUCGCCAGCGACCAGAGGGCUCUUCAGCCAAGUGAUCAUGCAGAGUGGAGUAGCGACGACCCCCUGGGCGCUGGCUAACAAUCCUCGCGAGAAGGCAUACCGCAUGGCAGAGGCGCUCGGUUUCCAGGCGCAGGGGGGCAACCACACUAACGACGACGACGUACGGUUGGCUGCCUUCUUUCGCGCUGCCAACUACUCAGACCUCAUUAACGACACCUCAAUCGCACUCUCGGAUCUCAAACAUGUAAGUGCACGCCACAGGAGUCAGAAACUGUUCAUCCCUAGUCCUGUAGAAGCUGCUGGACGCACAUUUUAUGGACUUGUAGCGCGCAGAAUCCGGGUGCUACUGCAGAACUGUCUGUUUGUUCUAGUGACCGAAGCAAAGAUCGCGGACUUGAAGGAGAACUUCACGGUGCCGAUCGGCUCCCAGCUGCCGCUGCCCACGGAGGAACAGCGGACUCGUGCUGCGGAGCAGCUGCAGCAAUUCUACUUUGGGGACGAGGGCUUCUCCACGGACGACAUGCAAGCCGUUAUUGAUCUGUUUUCAGACUUGUACUUCAUACAAUCAGCGGACUCCUUCGCUAGGACCGUAGCCAACUCCAACAGCCUACCUGUUCACUUCUAUUUCUUCGAGUACAAUGGAACUGGCUCUACAGACUAUGGUAUGUGUUUGUCGUGA